UCUGUCUGUACAAACGCAGCUUCAUUUCUACCCUGUGCUUGGAAGAACUACUAUACUAUUGUCUGAUCUAACAAACAACAAUGAAGAGUUUAUUUCUUCUUUUAAUCCUGGGAAUUGUCCUGAAUGAGGCAGCAGCAAGGAUUCAUUCUCUGAAGUAUUUCUACACCUCGUCGUCUCAAGUCCCAAACUUCCCAGAGUUUGUGACUGUUGGGUUGGUUGAUGAUGUUCAGAUGGAUUACUAUGACAGCAAGACCAUGAAAGCAGAAGCCAAACAGGAGUGGAUGAACAAAGUCACAGCAGAUGAUCCACAGUACUGGGAGAGGAACACUGGAAAUUGUCUGAAUGCCCAGCAGGUCUUCAAAGUCAGCAUUGAGAAUAUAAAGCCGCGUUUCAACCAGACUGGAGGUGCCCACAUUUACCAGAGGAUGUACGGCUGUGAAUGGGAUGAUGAGACUAAAGAGGUCAAUGGAUUCACUCAGUGGGGUUAUGAUGGAGAAGACUUCGUAUCAUUAGACCUGAAGGAAGAGAUAUUUGUUGCUCCAGUACCACAGGCUGUCAUCACCAAACACAAGUGGGAAAAUAUCCAAGGUUACAUCGCACGAGAGAAGAACUAUUACACCCAGAUCUGUCCUGAGUGGCUGAAGAAGUACGUGGAGUAUGGAAGGAACUCUCUGAUGAGAACAGAUCGUCCCACAGUGUCCUUCCUGCAGAAGUCUCCCACCGCCCCAGUCACCUGUCACGCUACAGGUUUCUACCCCAACAGAGCCGCGAUGCACUGGAAGAAAGACGGAGUGGAAAUCCAUGACAACGUUGACAUGGGCGAGAUCCUCCCCAACAACGACGGAACCUUCCAGAUGAGCAUUGACCUUUCAUCGGUCAAACUGGACGACGAGACCAAGUACGAGUGUGUGUUUCAGCUCUCAGGUGUUGAUGACAUCACCCACGAACUGAAGAAAGAAGUGAUCAAGACCAACGAGAAGACCGCUACCGUGACCAUCAUCAUCGUCAUUGCGUUAGUUGUUCUCUGUACCUUGAUCCUUGCUGGUGUUGGACUCUUCAUUUACAAAAAGAAGAAUGUCAAACGUCCUCCAUCUCCUGUAAGCGACCCUGAGGUUGAGCAGGAACUGAAUCCUAAAGUCUGAGUGAUGAACACACCACCCUGAACACAACAGAUUUUGCUGUGGAUAAAGAAGCUGUGCCAGAAUAUUCCUCUGAUGAAAACAUGAAACGUAUGAAUUGUUUAUCAGAUACUGCGGUAGAAUCAGGGUUGGACGUUUUGAAUUAGUUAAA